GGGGGUCCUGGGUCGGUCUGGGGGGAGCCGCGUAGGAUCUUGGGGUUCUUGUGCGUGCAGGGUACCCACCGGCGGGGCUGGGAACAGCUCUCGCCGGCCACUCUUGCUGGUCUGGUCCACCCCCUGUGCUCCUGCCUCAGCAUUUCACGGGUGCCCCAUGCGGGGCGGCAGAGCCGUGUCCUCCUCUCGGAGGGGGGUCGGCUGGGGCUGUUAAACUCCCGCAACACGUGGCUCCGCGCUGCUCAUGCACGUGUGUGCAAGUAGGCGUGCACACGCGUGUGCGGGGCUGCUCCCGGCCCAAAGCUUCGCAAACAUCGCGGCUCAGCAAACGCUUGUAUGGAAAAGGGAAGUGGAGCAGCAGCCCCCCAGGCCUUUUGUGCACCUGGAUUUUGGUUCUUGCCAUGGCUGUGAGCUGACUGCUAGUACCAAAUCCUACACAUUUCAGGUGGACAAGGAAGAUGACUCUGACCACAUUUUGGCCUUGUCUGUGGUCUGCCUCAGAGAUGGUGCCAAGGACGAGUGCAACGUGGUGGAGAUCGUGGGACGAAACCACAAGAACCAGGAGAUCACUGUGCCUGUGGCAAAUCUGAAGUUGUCAUGCCAGCCCUUGCUGAGUCUGGACAACUUCAAGCUGCAGCCUCCAGUGACCUUCCGCCUGGCAGCGGGCUCUGGCCCAGUACACCUCGCUGGCUGGCAUCAGACUGUACACAGGGAUGAUGCUUCCUUUGAGGAGGAUGAUGACUUGUCUGAAGAGGAGAAAGAGGAGCUUCCUCCUAUCAUGCCAGCCAGGAAGCAGAGGAAGAAGCAGUAGCUUAUAUUCAGGCAAGGUACUUGCUGGGAAUUCUCUCACCGGAUGGCUUUUACCUCAGACACCUCUUGUCAGGACCUCAAUGUUUGCUGCUUUAUUCUUUUUUUUUUUUUUUUUAACUCUGUUGUAACUUUUUGGGGAGCAGGGGCUGCUUCCAGCACUGGAGUGUCCCCUUUCCCAUGGCCCUGGGAGGUUGGUCCCAAAACUGGAUGGAUGCCACUGGUAUAACCCUUCUCCGCCAUCCCUGUGCUGGGAAUCAGGGAUGGAGGAGGUGUGAUCCUUGCCUUGUGCCUUUUUACUGUCCUGGACCUCUGCUCUGUGCACACCCUCUCCCUAGCUUUGAAAAACCCAAUCCUGGUCCCUACCCCAGCAGACAGACAUAAAGCCAGUGGUGGUACAGACAGUUUCACUGAUUCUAGUGUAUUUGCUUUUCUUUACGCACAAUUUGAUGGUUUAAAAUGCUUGAAAGUGUGAAAAUGGGGCCCAAGCUGUGUCCUCAAUUGCAGUUAUGGUGGGGUGGGAGCUCACAGCCUGUUUGUGAUUUGGGGAAGGUUCUGGGUCAAUCUGCUUUGUAAAGAACUGUUUUUAUACUCUGAAUAAAAUUCCCUCAGGCAUCA